UUUUGAUUGAAUACCCCUUUGCUUGAUCUGGUCUUCUAAAGGGGAUAAAAUCCAUUUAUAUAUAUAAAUAUAUAAAUAUAUUUAUCUAACUCACCUAUUACUCUCUUUCAAUCAAACCAAAACCACAACAAAUCAUCACAAAUUCACAAUCCCAACUCUCAUAAUACAUGUUGAAACUUGUUAUCUGUGGUAGCCCUCUUCACCCUUCUUCUCAUCAUCAAGAUCAAAAUCAUCAUCAGGACCAAGUACCCAUGAGCCAGCUGAGCCGUAGCGCCGGAACCAGCCCAUGUUGUACACCUAAAAAGUCAAGAAAAACUUCCUUCAGCCGGAGCCAUAACAACAAGGAGAAGAACCCCUAUGCCACCCGUGGUCUGGAAAAGUUCUCAGCUCUUUUGGUUGAUCUCGAAGAGAAAAGGCAGAAGAUUUAUGAGCAAAGUGCAGCCGCAGAAGACAUAUCAUUCGUCAGAUUUGUUUACAAGAACUCCAACGACUUGGUUCCAAUCAUCGUUAAGUUGAAGGACAGCAGCCAGAAAGAAGCAGAGAACAUAACUAAUAAUAACAAGACCACUACUACUCAUACUGCUGCUGCUGCUGCUGCCAAUGAAGACUUGUUAUUAGUCAAAGACCAACAACAAUCAAUCCAAAACUACUCAUCAGAAAUAACCCAUGAUGAUAAGUUUCCUAUGAUGAAAGAAGUAAAGAAUAAGUCACAGAGAUCGGAACAGAGUAGUAGAAAAGUCACAAAGAAGUUAUUAUUACAAUCAUGGAGAAGCAUGGUUAAUCUUGAUAAGUUGAGACGACCCUCGUAUUACUUGCCGGUUGUAGUGAUCAUGAUAUUGAUCUUGUUGGUAUUUUUUGGUCGAUCCAUUGCGAUUCUAUGUACUUCGAUUGGGUGGUACGUUGUUCCAACGUUAAACGACAGCUCCUCCAACCGAAAAAGGUCAUCGGUGGUACACAAGAAGGAUUAUGUGAAGAAAUUAAGUGAAAGAAAGAUGAUGACUGAAGGAGUAUCUUCUCCUCGGAUUUACAACAAAUCUGGUCAUCAGAGAAGCUGGUGAAUCUGAUUGACCUUUCUUCUUCUUUUUUCUUUCCUUUUUGGUUCUAUUUCCAUGUUAUUUUUCUGGGUUUUUUCCCCUACUGAUUACUACCUGUAUAUAAAUAUAUAUAUAUAUAUAUGUAUGUAUAUCUUCUCUUUUUUUAUUA